AACAAAUUAAAAAUUCACGUCAUCGUGUUUUAAAUAUGGAUCAAGGCACAGCAAAGCAAAUAUAUCAGCAUUGGCGAAAAGAUUAAAGCAAAAUGAAAGAACUGUUACCGCAUCUUCUUUUUGGAAUGUGUUUUAACACGAUUUUCUGUCAAUAUAUGAUACCUAUAUCCUGGGAAAUAAAACCUUAUGCGUACAGGGCGAAUAACGAGAGCAAAGGUGUCCUCUUUGACAUUCUGCAGAAAUAUGAUGAAUAUUGCAGUGAAUUAAAAUACGAAAGGUUUUCUGUCGCAAAAGAUCACUUUAAAAACAACUACAAGAAAUUUGUAGAGUUUGCUGAAUCAAAUUUUACACAAACAUAUCAAAACGGCAGCAAAAAAUAUAUAUAUCUCUUUCCUCUUUUUUCACCAAACCUUCAAUUAUCAGAGAAAAACUUCGUUGUAAAAUCAUAUUUCCACUCUCCAGGUGCAUUUGUUAUCGUGAGACAAGAGUCCAUCUCAUCGAACAAGAAAAUGACGGUUGGAUUUGUAAAGACCAUCCCUUUGUUGUGUUUAGGGGUUUUUACUGCAGCAUCAGUUGGUAUAAUUGUCUGGUUAUGGGAAAAAAGAUCUAAUGCUGACUUCAAGCGAAAGUUUCCUGUAGGAGUACUAGACGGAUUUUGGUGGGCAUUGAUCACAAUGUCAACAGUGGGAUAUGGAGAUAUGGUCCCAAGAAGUCUAUUCUCGCGAACCAUCAGUUUCAUCUGGGUAUUUGUUGGUCUCAUGUCUAGUGCUAUUUUAACAGCCACUGUCACAGAUACGUUAUCUGAUCCUAACUUUAUAAAGAUCGAGGGAGAAAAGGUUGCAGUGUUGGUAUACUCUGCAGAACUACAAAUAGCUAAACAGUACAAUGCUGUACCGCUAGAAAGGGAUAAUUACGAAGAAGUUUUAACUGCACUCCGUAAUGGUGAUGUAAACGCAGCACUUAUCAACUCUCAAAUCGCUAGUUGGAUGCAAGACGAAAUACGAGGGGGAGAGAACGAUGUCAAACUCAGUAUUGUUUACGAAAUCCAACAAGAAAUUCCUGUCGGGGAUGUCGAGUAUAAUUACAUCAAAACCAAAGAAAAACCUUGGUUUAAUGAAAUUUGCUUUAAAGAAAACAUACAGGAGAUUGUUACUGAGACUUUAGCCUCUUACUACAAACACACAGUGUUCGACGCAACUUAUACUCCAUCUCUAGUUGAGACUUUCCAUCCAAAAACCGGACUUGGUACAUAUUUCAUUCUAGCUGUAGUCGUUUUGGUCAUGGUAGCAGGAAUGGAGGAGUUCGUAUACCGUCAAUAUCGCAAGAAGAAGGAGAGUGUAGAAAAAGACGAACUGGAAUUGACACAAAAGCAAAGUUCGAAUUUCAAAAUACAUGUCAACAAUGAAUUGUUACAACUGAACAGAAACUUUCAAGAAAUGAAGUCAAUCUUGCAAGGGCUUGAAAAAAGAUUACAAGAAAAAUAAGAAAAGCUUUAGAUAAUAAUUAACAAUAACACAUUUGAAACACCAAAUAGAAUUUUAACCACAUGCAUUAACAUACAAAACUUGAUUGUGUAAAAACAACUUAGAAAUAUUUAAAAACAAUAUAAAUUGAUCAUUUUUUCGAAGGGAUGUUUCACCCUUAUACUGUACAGGUACAAAUGAUAUAAUAGUUACAGAUACAUUGGGAAUAGUUU